AUGGACUUUCAGAGUGCAAUGGAGACGUUCGCCGAGGCAUGGGCGGCCGCAAAUACUGUCAAAUCAGAAGCGCCGAGUGACUUAUCGCAGAAUUUGUCGUCGGAUCUACGCCGUAGUAAGACUCCGCCCCGCCGAUCUCCAGAGGAGCGUGCAGUACCGCGCCCUCCAUCGGCGCCGGUUCAUCACGAUCGUGGUCCACAUACGCCGCACACGCCACACACGCCACACACGCCGCACACGCCGCAUCUUUCACCCAAGAAAGAGGCUUUCAACAACCUACUCAAUAAAGGGAUUUCAGGUAAAACGUUGCCUGUUCACUGUGUGGUAGAAGCCGUAUCUUCUUUGGAGGAAGGCGCUUGGAGAAGAAGAGCGGUGGUGGAAACCGACAGCUAUGUGAUUAUUCCCGCUGCGACCGCUUUUCACGAGUUGGUUCCUACGGCGAUGAUGAGAUUGGGUUAUCCUCACGAACUCGCCGCGUCGGCCAAAGGUUCAGUGGUAAUAAACAACUGGAAGCCGCUCUCCUUUGAGAAGAUAUCCGAUGGACCACUGGCUACAGUUGGCGAAGUGCUGGGCGAGUUGACCACUGUAGCCACAUUGCGGAUCCAACUGUUGCGGCCGAGACUAACGCCACUCCAAGACAUCAAGGACAAGCUCCUAAGACUUCUGCUAGUGCAGAGCAGACCCUUGUUGAUUUCAACUGGGUGUCCUUUAGAUGAGGUCACACUAGCUCAAAUUUGUAGAGGUCAAGAUAGAACACCGGGCCCUCACAACUUUCACGAACCCUCUGAGGAUAUGCGCCGGAAAUUUGAAUCGUGGUGGAGUGCUCAAGUAUCCCCACGACCACCACCUUUUAGUCCUCGACGCUAUCCUUCUCCAGGACCAAAAAAUCGUUCACCUACUCUGAACACUAUUCCAGAUCAUUUGCAUCCAGCAUUGCAAACUGUUCAGAAUCAAUAUCCAACUCAAAAGACUAGAAUGAGGACAAGUUUCGAUCCAGAACUUGAACUACCAAAGUUGCAGCGGUGGUUCUCUGAAAAUCAACAUCCAAGCCGACAGCAGAUACAGCAAUAUGUUAGAGAAUUGAACAAUUUAGAAUCAAGGCGUGGCCGUAAGCCUUUAGAUGUGAACAACGUUGUAUACUGGUUCAAAAAUGCAAGGGCGGCACAAAAGCGCGCAGAACUCCGUAAUAUCGGCGGUCUAGGUUGUCAUCUUGGCGUAAAUGGUUAUAACAGUAGAAGUCAUAGUCCUUCGAAUGGUUCUCUUAUGGCAAGUAAUGAUAAUUACGCCACACAAGAUCAUAACUCAAUGAAAAGUCCUAUGCAGUUGUCUGGCAGUCCUGGAAGAUAUCCGAUGUCUGUUAUGUCUGAAGACAAUUUGUCAAAUGCUGGAUCUGAUUUAGAAGAUGAUGGAGGUGAUUUAAAUCCGGAUGAUAGGCCUGAUAGUCCCGAUGCUCCCCUUUCUCUUAUAACCACUAAGAAAAACAAUAAUGACGAAGAGAUUCCCAAAGAAUCACCAAAACCACCUGAUAUUAUAAAGGUACAUGAUAUUAAACAAGAGCCACGUGAUCUUGCUAGAACUGAUCAACAUAAUUCUCCUCAGCGCUCACCUGCUAAGAACAGCGACAGCUCUAACAAUAACAAUAACAAUAACCUUGAAGAAGAGAAUGGAGUUAAUGAUGAUCACGACGUUGUAUCCGAUGAGGAUGUCGUUCAGGAACGUCACUAUCGUCCUUCAUCUCCCCAUCUAGAUCGCUUACCAUUUCCCAUGGUACCAAAUCAUCCAAUGUUCGGCCACGGUAUUAUGUACAUGAGCCAAUAUAUGAGUGGUUUUCCAGGGGUUGGACCAGUUCCAGGUGAAGGUGCGAGUGGCUUAAAUCUAGCCCUCGCAGGUGCUUCUGAUGAAAGACGUAAGCGUAAUCGCACUUUUAUUGACCCCGUCUCCGAAGUUCCAGUUUUGGAGCAAUGGUUUUCAAUGAAUACUCAUCCUUCGCACAAUCUUAUAUUAAAAUAUACGGAGCAAUUGAACACGAUGCCUUACCGACAAAAGUUUCCCCGUUUAGAAUCAAAAAACGUACAGUUUUGGUUCAAAAACAGACGAGCGAAGUGUAAAAGGCUAAAGAUGUCACUGUACGAGCCGUCAUCGCCCGGCCAUUAUUCGCAUCCUGGACAUCCACACGCUAUUGCAGAACGAAAAAUGGUUUAA